AACGAUGAGCAUGUAUUUAACGUAAACAAAGACAUUUUACAUUAGCUGACAGAACGAGUCGUCGAUAAAGCUAAUUUCAAUUAGAAGCAAUAAUUAUGACGUCGUUAGAUUUAAGACAGCAAAAAUUGGAGCAACAGCGACAGUUAAUAGCGCAGAAGAUGAAACAGAAACGGCAAAGCGGAGCUGGAGGCAUGGUCCAAGCAUCGAAUAUAUCUAGCACCCAGCUUACGAGUCAUUCAACGAAAUGGAUGAACCCUAAUAAGGAGCUUCAUGGUUAUGAUGGCCCAUUACAAUAUACCAUGUCUCAGAAUAACCCAGACAUAGGUAUGUUGCAGGAAAGUAAGUGUCUUGAAUCUCAAAUAACAGAAAUCAGUACGGAAGGUGGUUACUAUGAUGCAAUGGCAGCUGGUGACUGUGCGGACGAAGAAUCUUCCCCGAUAGAUUUGCAAUCGCCUACAGAAGCGCUUCCAUGCCAAUCACCACUCAGAGUAGCUCCAUGCGAAGGCAUCGACACAAUAAUUAAUAAUGAGACUCACUCCAUGAGUCCAGAAUUGGAAGGAAGCGUAGAAGGAAAUGUGGAACAGUUUGUGUUGCAACCCGCAAACAAGAAGAUGCAUUACAAGUGUAGAAUCACUAGAGAUAGGAAAGGCAUGGACCGUGGCCUGUAUCCAACGUACUUUCUACAUUUAGAACGUGAUUAUGGGAAAAAGGUAUUCCUGUUAGCUGGCCGGAAGAGAAAAAAAAGUGCAACCAGUAAUUAUCUCAUUUCAACGGACCCAACGGACCUUUCGAGGGGUGGAGAAUCUUUCAUCGGGAAGUUAAGGUCGAAUCUCUUAGGCACCCAAUUUACCGUCUACGAUAAUGGGUACUCUUUGAUGAAAGGAGACAAACGAGAAGAACGUACGAAUCCCCGCCAAGAACUGGCAGCUGUUGUGUACGAUACUAAUGUCUUGGGAUUCAAGGGUCCUCGCAAAAUGACUGUAAUAAUACCAGGAAUGACAGCUGAUCAGAAACGAGUGCAAAUAUGUCCGCGUGAUGAGUCUGAAACGUUGCUGGAGUGUUGGAAAACAAAGAAUAUGGAUAAUCUCAUCGAACUGCACAAUAAAACUCCGGUGUGGAAUGAUGAUACGCAAUCCUACGUGCUCAACUUUCAUGGAAGGGUUACACAAGCUUCUGUGAAAAAUUUUCAAGUCGUUCAUGACAGCGAUGUGGAUUAUGUAGUAAUGCAAUUUGGCCGCGUGGCUGAAGAUGUCUUCACUAUGGAUUACCGAUUUCCUCUGUGUGCGCUUCAAGCUUUUGCUAUUGCUUUGAGUAGUUUCGACAGCAAACUGGCCUGCGAAUAGACAUCAAUUGAACCUGAAAGGUCUACAGUUACCGGCUAGAAAUUAGAUUCUACGGAGGACAAUCAUAAUGGAUUUGGAUGAAUUCUUACCAACGGCAUUUCCGAUGAUGUUGAUUCAUCUUUGACAGGACAUCGGAGAUGAACUACAAAGGUACAUGUGUUCAUUUUUAGAGGUAUCGUAUUCACAUAUCUUUUCUGCAACGUAACAUCAUUCGGAUCGAUCAUUCAAUGUCAAAAAUGAUUUCUCAAACUCUGACGAAAUUCAGCUUCUUUUUGCGUAAAAAUGAGAUUUUGCAAAGUCGUACGGUUCAAUUCAAGAAGAUGUCUACAUUUGGCUCUCCGUAGAAAUUCUCUUUCAAUCGUCAUAAGAUUAUCGUCUACUGCGAAUUGAUCGUGCAAGAUGAGUUAACACUCUCGAUACUUUUUCUGCAAGUUUCGCGCAGAUUAGUCUUAAUUAAAAGUGUCCGUAAUGAUUACAUUAAGUACAAAAGCAAUUUCUAUUCGUUCCAAUUAUACGUAUACAUAUACAUAUUAGGGGGACUGGAAAGGAAUUCAUUAUUUUUAUACUUGAAGUUUGGGGCAGAAGUAAUGGAUUUCUUUCCGGUUCCCCUAGUGUCUCGACAUUCUCAUACGUCCUGUACGCACAUUAAAUGUGGCCAUAAUUGCACAGCAUGCUGUACAAACAGCAGACAGACUAUAGAAACAUCGGUCUAUGAUAAAACAUUCCUACGUGCAUGUUAAUGGCACUUUUUGUACUUAUAACGAGACAGAGUACUAGAUCACUUAGUUUAACGAUAAGUCAUGGCUUGUCAAGUUUGAUGAUGUCUGACACCCGUGAAUUUACUUUUUAAGUGUUCACAUUGUAAAAAAUAACGUUCGAUUAGUAUUAACCAACUAGUAGUUAUCGAUAUGAGUCUGUUCAAAGAAAAGUAUUAAUUUUAAUAAUUAACGUUAAGACGAUCCUCAGUAUUUCCGCGCGCCAAGGGAAAAAUAAUUUAAGGAGAUUCGCUGCAAUUACAAACAACGCGCUUCUUUUGGAGUUCUGUAAAUUAACGACCUUUAGCUUUUUUCUACACCACUUAUACACGUGUCUAUAGAUGCAGCGUAUAACUUAUACAUUUCCUUUCUUUCUUUUUCUAUUACUUUAACAUAGCGUUUUUACACCGGGACUUUUGUUACUUUUAUACAUUGACAUUUUAAAUUAAAUCAGAACAGGUCGUACAGGUUAGGUGUAUAUCAAUGAUCUGACAGUGAUGCGACGUAUAAUCAUGUGUGUUCAAUUUCCUUUAAUAUGACUUAGUGAACUUUUAAACAUUUUUAUCGAUAUCUGAAGCAUUAUAAAUGGGAAAAAAAAUCAAGUGGAGAACAGUGUCGAUUAAAAAUUACGUACGGAUUAGAGACAAUAAACAGGAAUACCGGUGGAUUGUUUUUUCCAUUAAUUAUAUAAUGUACAGAGUGGGUCUAGUCUACGAUUACUCUAUUUAAGAACUGUGUGUGGUGCAGCCUAGAUUUAAUAACGUUUACUGGUACAAUUCGAUUAUUAUAUGACAUUAUUGUAAUAAACAUGCUACAUUAUA